AGCUCAAGCCGCGGCACCCUCGCGGCAGAGGUCACCCUGCGUGUUUUUUUUCGCGUGCCUCCUCUCGCCGCCAUUGUUUUGAGAGACAUGGGCUGCAGCUCCAGCUCGGCGGUCCUCACGAUCGAUCGAGACACCGCGGAGGUGCCCUGCAACGAUGGGCAGCGCGGCGGCAGGACAACGGGCGCGCCUGCGACGAAGGUGGUGCCGCUGCAGUGGCACGCGCAGCUCAUGAAGCGCCAGGGCGAUGUUCUGGGCGCGGGCCUGGGGAACACGGACAAGGGCGCGGUCAUCUUCAAUAUCCAGAAGAAUGGGCUGCUCGACGUGUGGAACAGGUCCCAGGAGACCCAGCCUUUGCGCCCGGGGUGCAUCAUCACGGAGGUGAACGGCAUCACGGGCUACUGGGACAUCAUCGAGGAGUUGCGCAGGCCCGGCGUCCUCGACAUGAAGAUCACCGCCGAGCCGCCGGCUUUCGCUGGGCCCAACUGGUUCCAGGAGAUCACCGACAUGGGGAAGAACCUCGAGGCCAAGGGGGCCAGGACCGGAGGCCUAACCAGUCGGAGAUUGACAGAACCCUCACCCUGCCAACUAGCUUAGCGAGUUGCCAUUUUCGGUUCUCGAGAUGGCGUUGCGCCGCACUUUUUUCGGGCCUGCAUCCGCUGAGUCUUGUCCUCGGUCGUUUUCUCUAAAGGGUGUGUUGCUACAUAGGGGCUCUGUCCACCCCUGAGCAGGCACACAUUUACCAACGUGGACCAGUGGGUUCAUGCUCUUUCGAUAUGCGCC